AUGUUACGACGAGUUGCUACACCGGUUACAUUUCAGAGAACAUUUUUCGGCUCUGCAAAGCCUCAGUCAUACAGGAUUUCACGAGUUUUAAAUGGGUCACCAGAGCAAGUCUAUGCAAUCGUAAGUGAGGUUGAUAAGUAUAAGCAUUUUGUACCAUUUGUUGAGGAUUCUUUCAUUACAGCACGCGAUGCCAAUUCGCUCCCGUCUAGAGCAGGAUUAAAAGUUGGCUGGAAAGAUAUUACUGAAAGAUUUGAAUGCGAGCUCCAGUGUGCAAAGAACGAAAAAGUUUAUGCCAAAAGUAUAGAGUUGGAUUUAUUCCACUCGCUCGAGACGUUAUGGACGUUUAAAAAUAUUAAAUCCAAUGGACCACCAAAAUGCAAAGUAGACUUUACCUUGACAUACAAGUUCAAAAACCCUCUAUACGAGCAACUUAGCUCCUUGUUUGCACCAAAAGUUUCAAGUAUUAUGAUUGGUGCAUUCGAGAAACGGCUCAUGCAACUCUCGUUUGAAAAUACAAAGAACAAUAGACAAACUGACGAGGCAAAACUUUAA